GAUGAUAGAGUUGCAUCUAAAGUUAAAAUGGAAACCGAGCAGAGCAAGCCUGAAGGUGAUACUUCCGUUUGUGAAACUCAAAGUGGAUCAGAAUCCCAAAGGCCUCCAGUUGACAAUCUCGUUGAAAUAUCUCUUUGUAAGCACUUGCUGUCUGAAGGAAUGGGGAUCGAAGCUGCUUCAAAGGCAUAUGAUGCCGAGAAAGUUUCUUUAGAGAAGUUCAGUGCUUUGGGCCCAUCAAUUCUGAAAAAUGAUAGGCUUGUAGUUAGGAUAAACGGUCAAUACUUUCCAUGGGAUGCUGCAGCCCCAAUUGUUCUGGGCAUGGUUUCAUUUGGACAUGAAAAGACAUUGGAACCCAAGGGCAUGAUUGCUGUUGAACGAAUUGAAAAGAAACUUGAAAAGUACCCCUCCUCUGCAAUUGUUCCCUCAGGUGGAAGCUGGAGAUUCUGGCCGUUUGGUUUUAACAAAUCAAAAUCACUUACAGCUACUCGGUCACUCCCAAGUGAUUGCUUGGGUGACACUGGUGAAAAAUCUCUUGAGAAGCAACUUAGUGCAGCAGAAAGGGAGUAUAUGAAUACAAGAUCUACUAAGAAGGUCCGAACAAUUAUUCCAACAUCUGAACAGUUGGCAUCACUGAACCUGAAAGAAGGGCAGAACAUAGUAACUUUUACAUUUUCUACUGCAAUGCUUGGAAAGCAACAGGUUGAUGCUAGAAUUUAUCUUUGGAAAUGGAACACACGGAUAGUCAUCUCAGAUGUUGACGGAACCAUCACUAUACUAGCUUGCAUUUUGCAAUCAUUUAGUGAUGACAGCUUCUCCAUAUAAUUCCUGGUUUAAGUGUAGUACAAAUGAUAAAUGAGCUGUGCUCGUUUCUUGGGUCUUUGGGCUUGUAA